AUAUGGCUGUCGUCCGGAUCAAGUCCAGCGUUGGUAUACCAUUGUUCGGGAAUGUUUCGGUGCCGACAACCCCCCUCCUCCUGGGAACCUCUUCGAGCACGAGGUCGUUCUCACUCCGAUGGCGCCCGCCAUUGGUCCUAAUCCCAGUCCGAGAGUCUCGAUGGGACCUUCGGGAGUGCCUGUUGCUGCGAAGAACAGGCAUGGACUCGGCCUACGUCUUGAUCCAACCGCUUAUGAUGGUAUGACAGAGAUGAGCCAGACCCCGAGAGCGGCCUACGCACCGACCUCUUUUGUCAGCCCGCCUUCUGUCCGCACAUGACUCCCCGGUCGUCGAAUGGUUCUGUUGGCGAGCCAGACGCGGCCGCAUACUCUUUCGUCGCUCCGGAAAUGUCGACGAAUCCGAGCCAACUGGUGGCGCGAUAUGCGCAGAUGCAGGAAAUCCCUGCAAUGCAACAAGCAUCUGCUAUGCCAGAUUAUAACCAGCAGAUGAGCUCAACCGACAUGGAACUGUUCAUGCGUGCUCCGAUUGAUGCGCCAGCGAAAAAAACACACGUGGCCACACAUUCCAACGUGUCCAGCGUCAGCAUGACUUCGACAGAGUGGGCCGCUCCCGCUGGAAUCCCAGGACCAUCACCAGAACCGCGACUGAAACGUCGCAAGCUCUCGACACGAGAACUGGGAUCGUCUGCGAAGCAGCAAAGUGCCCGUCGUCAGCACAGCCUAUCAAUCAGCAGCAAUCAGACCCAUUCCGAUCGACACAUCUCGCCACGUACAUCACAGCCGCCGCAGGAUCGGCCGCACUACAUCCCCUACAUGUCCUCACCUCAACCCGCAGCGAACGCAUACUUCGUGCCCUCGCCCGCCAUGAUGGCCUCCUCCGCCGGAGGACCACACUUCCCCCCAUCGGCCACCAUGUCUAUGGCCGGCCCGACACCACCCACCGAAUCAUUCCAGCACUUUCCCGAAGUUCCACAGCCUUCGACUUCCUCAUUGUAUCAAUUCCCGCAUCAUCCGCACACCAUGUACUCAACGGUACCACCUCCGCCGCCCGGACCAGCUACUACGACGACGGCGGCGCACAUGACCGCCGCCGCCCCGACACAGUUCAUGGCCAUGGAGCACCACCCGAACGUGUUCCAAUAUCACUGAGAGGCCCGAAAUCCUUUUUUUGACCUGAAGUUUCUCUUUUCAAUCCUCACGCGCUCUACGAAACGCCGAAUGAAACGGCGACGAGAAAUAUGUAUUGAUGAUCUCAUAUUUCCUCUGUUUCCUGUCCACAUC